UGAUGUGUCGCAGGUUUUAAAAACUCCGAGAAGAGGAGCAGGAGCGGAGCUGGCCGCGGGAGUUUACAUGUCAGGGCAGCUCCGAGGCACAGCCGAGGGAACAAGUGUGUGAGGGGAGCCCGUCCGAGCGCCCGGGGGAACACUUAGAGGACAUUAUCUUUUUAUUUUUUAUUUUAUUUUGUUUCAUUCCCAUUCCAGCACUCCAGGAAAAGCAGCAGCGACUCAGUUGCGACCUGUUUUGAGCUCGCGGAGCGGCGCAGCGAUGGAACUGUCAUCAAUAGGAGACCAGGUGUUUGCAGUGGAGUCCAUAACCAAGAAGAGAGUUAGAAAGGGUAAUGUGGAGUAUCUACUGAAAUGGCAGGGAUGGCCCCCAAAGUACAGCACUUGGGAACCGGAGGACCAUAUCCUGGACCCGCGCCUGGUCCUGGCCUACGAAGAGAAGGAGGAGAAGGACCGAGCUCUGGCCUACCGCAGGAAAGGUCUCAGACCCAGGAGGCUCGUCUUGCGGAACAUCUUUGCCAUGGACCUCCGCAGCGCCCACAAGGUCCCGGAGAAGCCGUCCUCCCGGCUCCGCCUCUCCCUCACCCGCUCCAUGAGCACAGACGUGGACCAGGGCGAGAGGGGCAACAUGUACCGGCGGCUGGCCAGACGGAAGAGCAAGCAGCGGGUGUCCAAACGGGGGUCGGACUGUCGGGACAAAGCCCCGCGGCCCAGGAAAGAGGAGCAGGAGGAGCCCAUGGAGCAGGACUGGGCCAGCACCACCGAAGAAAAGAAGCAGGAGCCUGAAUGCAUCACCAAGGAGACACACCAAGACAGCCUAUGCGGUCAGUCAGAGUGCAGCACCCCUCCCGUCCUGGAGCGAGAGGAUUUGGAGACGGAGGUGAAGACAGACGUCAAACCGACGGCGGUAGGCGGAGCCUCUGACACAGAAGCAGGCGAAGCGGUCGUGACUGACAGGCCAGGCAGAGAGACUUCUGAAACGAGGCAGGAACAAAUAUCGAUGUGUGACCAAUCAGAGGACUGCGCUUCGGUGCCAGAGGCAGGACCGAAAGACACUGUUACCGUGGGCAACAGGUUAGAUUCAGACAGCAAUAUGGGCGCCGAGUUAGGGACGAGAGCCCGCACUCCGGCAGGCGAGUUAGAGACAGAGAGCGCGAAUCCCAAAUCAGACAGCGGCGCAUCCCAGCCGGAGCCGGAGAGCCAGAGCAGGAAAAAUAACACAACUUCAGUGAUAGUGAGCGUGCAGGGGACCAGCAGAACGGCAGACGACAGCUUCACAGUCUGCGCCGUUGCAGAGGGAAGGAAGAAGGAAAUGAGAGGUGACAAUCAGAGCGUUGCCACGACGACACAUCGCCCAGGCAGUCACGCUGCCGCAGCGGGGAAUCCUGGGAAGGUGAUUGUGACAGACGUAACUAUCAACUCCCUGACCGUGACGUUUAAAGAAGCAAUGGUGGCUCAAGGCUUCUUUAAGGGCUGCUGAGGGAGGGAGGGAGAGAGAGAAUAGAGCUCAAGUGAGAUGAGGCUGGAAAAAAAUAACCAUAAUUAGACUUGCCACUCAUUUUGAACAUGUAAAUAGCCAUAUAUGUAACUGUAAGCUAACUCCACAUGUUUACAAAGCUGCACUCAUUUCCUACUGAGUUCACUGAAGACAUUUGCCUUUUAAAAAAAGUGAGUGGUAAUUUUAUCAUUGUGGCUCAUUUUCUAGGACGGGAAAGGGUGCGAGGAAGCCCAAAUGCGUAUAAAAAUCAUAUUUGCUCCAUUGUAAUUCAGUGGGCAAAACUGAUCUCAGCGGUGAGUUUGAUUUUGAGCGAUGACCAGACAACAGCCGAGUCUCAAACGCUAUGAAACCCACAUUUCUACUUCCAUACAGCUACUUUUCCAAUCAUCCUCUGUGCUUUCUAUGGAAACGCUGGUGUCACACUCGACUCUGUGACCGGGGCUCGUAUCAGUCGCUCCUUUUUCUUACAAAUGGGGUUUUUUUGUAAAGAUAUCCGUCUUUUUCAGUACUCACACAGUGCUUACCGCAUGCCCCGUCAGUCUGUGCCACAUAUGCACAAAACCCUGUCCUGUUGUUGUAUUGAAGAGGUUUAUUUCUGUCACAAAAGAAAUAAUACAAAGGAGAGAAUUAAUGCCUGCCUGCCGUGGAACAAGAACUUCUGUGUUUCAAGGAGAAUAGAUGCAUAAAAAGAAGUACACUGUUGUGUUUGCUGUCUGUCUAUCCUUUUACUUCUCAAGUAUGAAAUGCUACCUGGUUCUAUUUUUGUAAUACCAGUUGAUAGUACACUCUCCUCACUAGCCUUUGUGCAUUUCAAAAGAGGAGAUAUCAGUUUACACCAUCACUGUAAUGCUGUGUAGGGUAACGUACAAACUGAAGCAAAUGUACACUAGGUCAAACAGUAGUGAGCUAUUAUUUAUUGCAUGUCACAUGUAUAAACUAAAUUAACUUAUGUCACGUGUCCGAAUGAGUCUUUCUUCGACCAAGAUGAAUUGUCAAACAUAUCUUCUCUCUAAAAAUGGCUUUUUAUUUUGACUGCAUUUACAAUAAACAUGUACUAAAAUA